CGUCAAAUUCAAACGAGUAAUGAAAUCCAGGCUGUCAUUCGGAAAACAUCGAUAAAUCUAAAGCAGAGGGCAGCACCGGGCCAGUGCCUGCCCGCGCCCUGGGCAAAGCGGACGCCUCAACGCUCCUAUAUCGAUUAGAGAAAUAUUCCUCUAUUGAAAAUACACGCGUCCCGCCCGUGGCGCUCCGCAGCCCUAAACAUGAAUAAAAAACCUAGAAAAACGUGUAAAUGUAAAUACAGUGUGUAAUUAAAAAUAUAAAGGACUAGGGACCUGUUAGUGAGUAUCACUUGAAAUGAGUGGUCCUUUGUAAAAUAUAUUGUUUUGUUUAAUGAUUUUUAUGGUGGAUAUUUGUGGUUUUGAUGUUAAAAUGUGUGUGAUUUGGAGAUUCCGAUUUGAUAAUUAACGUUCCUGCCCUGCAACCAUCCAGCGUAACCUCAAAACUGUCAAUUCAUCGCCAAAAUGUAUUUAAACUUUACCAUAUAAAAUACCUAACGCGUUACCACGGUACCUCGCUCUUUUCUCACUUUACUUACAAAAUGUUUUGAAUUUAAAUUCAAAAAUAGCCAAUACAAACUGUGUUGGGCGCGUCUUGUCCUUGUUGAGCUUAUUUUAUGAGAUUUUUAAAUACAUACAUACACAUUUUUAUCACACACAAUAUCAGUAUUUUUCGGAUAUACUUGCCAUUGUAUCAAGCGCUGUUUAGCAAAAAUACUUCAAAAAAGUCCUCUCUUAAGUCAAGCAAAGACUUCUUUCCACUUUUAAAGCUCCUAAGUACCUGAGUUUUAUGUGCAAAUAAUUGAAAUUAAAAAUGGCGACGCCUCCUGAGUCUCCCGUGGAGGAGAAUGCGUACGAGUUGGAGCCAACGCGGACGCCGAAGGUGAUACCCGUGGCGCUGGAGGAGCUGUGUCGGCAGACCAAGUUCUCGAAGCAAGAGAUACGUGUCAUGUAUCGGGGGUUCAAAACGGAAUGUCCGGAAGGCGUUGUACAAGAGGACUCCUUCAAAGAUAUUUACGCCAAGUUUUUCCCUCACGGCAAUUCAGCUCUAUACGCCCACUACGUGUUCAAAGCCUUUGACGUUAACUGCAGUGGAGCCAUCAGCUUUAGGGAGCUCCUAGUAACCCUAUCGACCCUCCUCCGCGGCUCCGUCUACGAGCGGCUCCGCUGGGCCUUCCGUCUGUACGACGUGGACGGCGAUGGGGCCAUCACUCGCGGCGAGCUGGCUGAAGUCGUGGUAGCAGUGCAUGAGUUGCUGGGGCGUCGGGCGCCGCCUGGGUCGCCUCAUGCGAGACUGGACGACGCUAAGGCUAAUGAACAGGUUGACCGAGUGUUCCACAAGCUGGACCUGAACCAGGACGGCGUUAUCACCAUCGAGGAGUUCCUCGAGUCCUGCCUCAAAGAUGAUGUGAUCAUGCGGUCACUGCAGAUGUUCGACACGGCGCUAUGACGGCAGACUGACACGCACGCGCGCUCCGACUUCAGGACGGAAUCCAAGCGUCCGCUGCCCCGGCACGUGUGCCGCUGCACGCGCGCGCCGCUGCACGCGGCCGCCGCGGCGUGCUGGUCGCGCGCACGCGCGCUCGCGCGCCGCCUGGCUGCACUCCAGCACCUGUACCACGUCUGGCGACCCAGGAUUAACGCCAAGCUGUUUCUGGCCUUCUAAGCGGACGCUCGAGCGGAGCGUGCAUGUUGGUCGCAUGCUCCCUCGCUGCGCUGCAGCACUUAUACCACGUGUGGAAAGUUUAAAACCCAGGCGUAAUGUUACUGUUUCUGUCCUUCUAAGGGUGGAGUUGUCGUUCAAGCGGAGCGUGCGGCGCGGCGUUUGGCGACCCAGGCUUAAUACCAAGCUGUUUAUUGCCUUGUUGGAGUAGACGCUCAAGCGGGGCGUGCGGCGCGGCGUCCAUGUUAUGGCGGGGGUCACUGAAAGCAAAUUGGUUAACACACAUGGAUAUUUAGCGGUCGGUGACAACGUAGAGCGUGCACGCUCGGAACGUGUGUUUCGUGACCGAGGCGUUAACCGCAAACUACUUAGGCACCGCAUUAUAUGAAGCGUUUAUAAACAGCGUAGGGACACCAUACAUAGGUGAAGUUUCACUAGUAAAAUGCUGCGCAAGUAGCACUAUUGAACUGCUAGGUACUUAUACUACAACAAUGACUAUUAAAACCCAAUUUUUGUAGAUAUUUUAAAUUGUAAACGUCGAUGCAACUGAAAUAUCAGUCGCGUUCCCAUACUAAAUUAGUACGGAAGCGCCUAUCCGUGGGAAGCUGGUAACCGCUCGUUGCCCUAGAGACUCCAUAAACCUUGUAGUAAAACAUAUUGGGAUGAAUUUCGUCUGUUUUAAAAAGUAAUGAAACAAAAGAAAUGCUACAUUAUUAGGUUUAUGAAAGGUUCAAAUUAUAUUGAAACAGUGUACAUUGUAAUUCACAAUUUCAUUAAACAAAUGAAAACUUACGCUUCAGUAUACGCUACUUUUGUUACACGCUUUAUGCUCCGCCGAACGCUCCGCUACGCUCGCCAUGAGGCCACUAUUUCCUAAGUUACAUCGCUUUUUUCGUGUCCACAAAUAAACGGUUUAGCAUGCUGUUAUAUCGCUACAAUACAUUUUGUUUUAAACACCUACACUGAUUGUAAAUACUAAAUACUAUCUCAGAUACUAAAAUGACCAGCCAGCCUCCUAAAAUGACCAGUAGCUAGCUGCAGAAAAACGGGCGCCCGAUUCUGAUUGACGGUUUGGAUCGUAUUUUGAUACGACUUUGAAGAUCGCUCACGCUGGUACAUGCGAAAUGAAGUGAACGUCGUACGUGGGGCGAUCUGCAAGGUAAUAUCAAAACCAGUUCGAGACCAUAACAAAUUGCAGCAAGGUUAAAAAAACAGACAGCUCGACGAACAUAAUUGUAGGUAAAGAAUAAAGAAACAUAAUUUAUUUAAAAUAACGAAACGAUCCAAAUAAAAAAAAGGAACUAAAGAAACUAAAUAUGAGUCAAUCUAGCCCUUAUUUUCCACCUAUUUUUAUUUCUUGACUGACCAAAAUAGUAACAGAAGAAGAAAACAGAGUAAUGCUUUACCUCAUGUUAGUAACAGCGUACUUACUGAAAAGAAAACAGAGUAAUGCUUUACCUCAUGUUAGUAACAGCGUAAUUACUAAAAAGAAAACAGAGUAAUGCUUUGCCUCAUGUUAGUAACAGCGUACUUACUAAAAAGAAAACAGAGUAAUGCUUUACCUCAUGUUAGUAACAGCGUACUUACUAAAAAGAAAACAGAGUAAUGUUUUACCUCAUGUUAGUAACAGCGUAUACUUACUAAAAAAAACCAGAGUAAUGCUUUACCUCAUGUUUGGGGGUUAAGGAAAUAAUAAUUUUAAGAAGGCGCGCGGUUAAUAGUUAUAAUAAGGUUUAAUUAAUUUUAUCGUUAACAUUUAGUUAUCCGAAAUAUUUUAUAAUUAGUUUUUAAAAAUUAAUAGUGACAAGUAUUAGUGAGUUGUAUUAGCAAUAUUGAGUAUUUUAUAGAUAAUGCGAAUACCCAUAGACAUACGUUGAAAAACUAACCGCGGUAUAUUCUAGUGAAACAUAAAUGCCAUACUAGUUAAUAACAGAAAGUACAGAACCCUUAGUAUUUAGGGACUAGUGAAACUUAAUCAAAGUAGACAUAAAAUAAUACUAUGGGUUAAUUUAGAAUUUCAGUAGAAAUGUUUAAUUUUUUUAGGAAUAACAUCAUGUUAUGUUUAUCCCAAAAUUAAGUAGUAUUGAGUUUCGCGGCCGCGACCGAGAGAGGGCGUAACACAUACCUAUCUACCUCGCUUUCGAAAGAAAGACAAGUUUAUCGUAAGAUGGGGACGGUUUGUGGGACAUACCCUGUCAUUUGUAACUGCGUCUCUCUCGGCCAGCCGACGGCUGCCGAGCCACCAGCAACAGGGUAGAGCUCCAAAGAGCAACUGGGUACCGCUUAUAUAUAGUCUAGCAAACCAAUUUUAACAGUUUUUUAAAGGCGACGAAGAAAAAUGUACCAGGUUUCCGAUUGAACUUCAAAAGGGGUCCUCCAUUUACAUUACACGU